CGUACGCAAGCCUCGAGGGCCCCAGUAGCUUCCGCCAUUCCCACGAUGGUUCCUCCGCCGCCGCCACCGCUGCCUUCGCCGACUCCGUUUCAGGACCUCAAUCUCUUCCCCAUCGCGAAGCUCGAACCAAAACCGGAGCCUGUCGAUGGCUGCCCGUCUCAGCUCGAACCUCUCGGUCCGGCGGAACCGCUCCCUCCUCCCGACGCUAGCCCCGAAGAGGCCGCGCUCCUCCUUGACUACUUCCGCCGAUCUCACCUCUUCGCCGCCGAUGACGACCGCAGCCGCCACUGCUCCAUCGUACCCGCCCCGGUGGCGCCUGCCUGCUCGUCCGCCAUCGUCGCCGCCAAGAAGCGCAAGGCCCGGUCCGCAGAGAUGGUCCGCGUCUCUGGCAUCGGCCCUCGCGACCGGCUCUAUUUCCGCGGUCUCGUCCGCCGGACCCGCAUCACCUACGACUCCCUGCGUGCCCUCCUCCUCCUCCGCGACGAGGAUCGAGGCGAGACCUUCCUCCGCGAGGAAGCCUUCGUGGCUGCCUGGGGCCGGCGGACCCGCCCCGACCUCAGGGCCGCCGCCCUCAUGACCGAUCGCGACCUCUGGCUCAACCGCGACCGGCGCAUCAUCGGAUCCAUCCCCGGGAUCAGCGUCGGCGACGUCUUCUUCUUCCGGAUGGAGCUAUGCGUGGUCGGCCUGCACGGCCAGGUCCAGGCUGGCAUCGAUUACGUCCCUGCCAGCCGGAGCGCCAGUGGCGAGCCCGUUGCCACCAGCAUCAUCGUGUCCGGCGGUUAUGAGGACGACGAUGACAAGGGCGUCGUGCUCAUCUACACCGGCCAUGGUGGCCGUUCCCAGAACAUGCAGCGGCACUGCGUCAACCAGAAGCUCGAAGGAGGGAAUCUCGCACUGGAGCGCAGCAUGAAUUACGGUAUUGAAAUUCGGGUUAUUCGUGGCAUCAAGUUCGACGGGAGCCCCUCCGGAAGGGUUUAUGUCUAUGACGGGCUUUACAAGAUUGUUGAUUGCUGGAUGGAUGUCGGGAAGUCAGGUUUUACGGUGUACAAGUACAAGUUUCUAAGAAUGGAAGGCCAAGAGGAGAUGGGCAGUGAAAUUCUUAAACUAGCUGAUAAGUUGAAGGCGAAUCCAUUGAGCGUGAGACCGGUCGGGUAUCUCAGCCUCGACAUUUCAAGGGGGAAGGAGAAUUUGCCUGUUUCUAUUUUCAAUGACAUUGAUGAUGAUCGAGAUCCAUUGAUGUUUGAGUAUCUCACUCGUCCCAUUCUCCCUCCUGAGGCUUUUCAGGGAAAGGUGAAAGCAGAUGAUUGGAAUGGGUGUGACUGCACUUUAAAUUGCUCAGCCGGUUGCUAUUGUGCGAAGAAGAAUGGGGGUGACUUUGCUUAUAAUCGUGAUGGGAUCCUCUUGAGGGGAAAAUCAUUGAUAUAUGAAUGUGGCACCUUGUGCCGAUGCCCGCCAACUUGUCCUAACCGGGUAAGCCAGAAGGGAGUCAGCCAUCGGUUGGAGGUGUUCAGAUCCAUGGAGACAGGGUGGGGAGUUAGGUCGUUGGAUUUGAUUCGGGCUGGAACAUUUAUUUGUGAAUUUAGUGGGAUUGCAAUCACCAAGGCACAGGCAGAGGUGCUUUCAAGAAAUAAUGAAUGUUUGGUGAAUCCGGGUCAGUUUCCAAGAAGGUGGACCGAGUGGGGAGACAUUUCAGAUAUUUCACCUGAUUAUCUACUAGCUGACUCUCCUUCUAUGCCUGAUCUCAAUUUUUCGAUUGAUGUUUCAAGAGCGAGGAAUGUUGCCUGCUAUCUCAGCCAUAGCUCUUGUCCAAACGUGUUUGUGCAGUUUGUCCUUUUUGAUCAUAAUGUGUCAUAUCCUCAUGUUAUGAUAUUUGCAGUGGAGAAUAUUCCUCCUUUAAGAGAGCUGAGCGUUGAUUACGGGAUUGGGGAUGAAAUUGUUGAGAGACUAACACUGUAGAUAAUGUAUUAUGUGUACGUGCUGAAAGUUCUGAGGCCAUCACAUUGUUCAGUUUGAGAAUU